UCAAUCAUUCCAAAUUUCAUGAGAUUUCAAUUCGUUCCGCGACAAAUGAGAUGAUUAAAUCACAGAUACGUCGCAUAGCGCAUAUCAUUAUCAUAACGCUAUGAAAAAUAAUUACUACCUAGGAUAAGUAUUGCCUUACAAAGAAAAUGUAUUUUUAAUUAGAUAAUACGUAAAAGAAAUCCUCGAUGUUUCCUAUAAAUAAUUGCGUUAUUACGUCGAAAUAAAUAUAUUUGUCCUUGUAUCGUAUGUGACAAUGGAUCUAAAGUGUGUAGUGGAUUAUCAAUAACAAGUUUUCAGGCUGACGUCACAUAACAACUUAGAGAAAAGAUCGAGUAAUAUAUACAAAUUGUCAGUUUUCACAAUUUGUAAAAGCACUGUUAUGCCAACAUCGUGACCCUCUUGACGUGACCAUGACGUCAUCGUGUGCCGUGCUCUGCUAGCCGUCCACCUCUUAUAACUUCACAUUGAUACCAUUUUUCUUAAGGAUAUAGCGAUGUAGAUUAAACUACUGCGAUACAAAUAAUUCAAUAUUAUUCAGUUAAAUUCAAUGAAGAUUUAAUAAGUACAUCAAGAAUAAUCAAAUCAAUUAAUAAUUGUAAUUCAUAAACACGUUGAUCCUUCACAGUUUUUGGCAUAGCCACGAAGGCGACGAGACGGGACUUCUCAAUAACAAUAGAUUGUAUUUAAAAACUCCACAACACAAUCGGACCGCUCACUCCAGUGAGGUCUCCGCAAAGGAUGUAAUGAGAGUGCCACCGCAUUCAUUGUCUACCGCCUCUUUGAGACAACAUUGCUGAGUAAUCAAAGACUUUUAUAAAAAAUCUUGUAAUUUAGCGCUUAUCGAUUAUUUAUUGUUAGCUCAUCUGUGUGGUGGUAAUAGGUACAUCAAUUAAACGAGUUACAUAAUAAAAUGUUUUUUGACAAAUGUUGGACAAAGUAGUUAGGUAAGCGGUACAAUUAUUAGUAUAUAAAAAUAAUUGUAUUUCGUAUUUUAUUGCCGAGUCUAUAAUUUUACACCCAAAUGCAAUUUCACAACUACGCACUUUUAUACGGCUUUGUUAUUUUCUUAGAAUAAUUCAAAUAAAUAUUAUGCUACGAACCGAUGUUAUUAAUGAGUGACUCUCAGGGGAACAGGCGCUGAUUAGUACGACUCCACACUAAAUGACAAGACAAGCAGCGCCGACCUUCAGCACCCUCUAGAGACGUAAUUAAAACGUGAUUUUUCAUAGACCCCCUCCCCCUCUUUCUUCCCCGCGUCUCCGGGAGCAGCUGCUAAUGUGUGCCAGGAAAAUGCUGGAUUUAUCUGUUGAUGUGUGUUCGGCGCGAUGAGAAGAUGCUCUUUUUUUUGCUUUUAGCCUAUCUGCUUAUUAAUUCUGCGUGUGAAGAUAACUUUUCAGAUCAAAAAUCUAAAGCUCUAAUUGUCUCACUGAGAAAGAAAUUGACCAAGGACAACUACGACUACUCGUCGGCCGAGAGCAUGGAGAUACACCGUCGAGCGGAGUCACGUGAGAAUGAUAGUACGACCGCUACCGCUCUCAAACAUACCCCCAUAUUUAACAAUCAAAAUACAAAGACACUGUACUUGAAAGAUACAACGAGCACUAUAAGAGAGGGAGAGCCGCUUGUGUCUCAGAAUGAUCUGUUAUACUACGUUGACGACCGACAUCUGCUGCCUCAAGAACCAGUCGUCAAGUACAAGGUUUUGAAGGUAAAACACAAUUCAAGGCGAAGUGGCGGUGAGCGGCUUAUCCAAGAGGAGAGUAAGGAUGGCGUGGCCAUCAUCAACCUCGGAGGUGGACCGUUUCCCGAGUUCCGGCUGCCACGCUCGCGGAGACAAUACAUGCAAGACUUCGGAGAACUCAUCAGUGACGAGGAUGACCUACUUCCUCACCUUAAUGACUCUUCGCCUCACUUCCGCGAAACAGACGCCCCGAGAAGUGAAAAGCUUAAUAGUAUAUAAGUGUUUAUGUAACAAAGAGAAUUUAUUAUAAAAUUA